UAAAAGUUUCUUCGACUAAUCAAUAUUAAUAAAUAUAUUACACUAGGUGUUAAUUAAACAAUAAAUGGCUGUAGUAUUAAAGUUAAAAUGGAAAAUAUAACCAAUUCAAAUAAACUAAAUCAAGCUGGAAAUUGUAAUGGAUCCAAUAAUCACCAUGAUGAAACCAGCGAAAUGUCUGCAGAAAAUCCAAAAGCUCAAGCUUAUUUAGAUCAUUUAUUAAAUGAUGGUUGCAAUGAAGGCGAUAGCGGUUAUGAAAUGGAAUUGCCCUUUUACUACAAUGAUAAAUUAUUUCGACAAGGCCAAAGCUAUUUGGCAAAAUAUCGUUUUGUAUUACAAAGUGGCAUGUUGGCCGGUUUAGUUGCAGUCUUAGCCAUACCCUCCAUAUUAAAAGUGCUCAUUUGUACACGCCAAUCCGGAUCGCCUGCAACAGCAUAUAGAAGAUAUGUUCGCACAAUAUUACUCACAACAGCCUGGUAUAUAUAUUCACCCACACCGAGAACAUCUAAAUUCUGGAUUAGUUUGGAAGGUGUACGGAAAGCCCAUUCGCGUUCUAGUCGAGCCUGUGCUAAAUUGGGUGCUGGUCAAAUAACGCAAAAAGAUUUAGCUUUAACACAGUUUGGUUUUAUAGGAUUUCUAACAUUGGGUGCUCAUCGCAUACAACUAUAUGAUGAAGAAUUCUUAGAAGCUACUUCACAUAUGUGGCGGGUUAUAGGCUAUCUGCUGGGUAUUAAAGAUGAAUAUAAUAUUUGUGGUGAAAAUUGGUCUGAAACUAAACUGAGACUGGACAUUGUAAUGCGCAAGGUGUAUGAACCGGCUUUGGAGAAUACCAGCAAAGAUUUCGAGGAAAUGUGUAAAGCUUUAUUAGACGGUCUAUGGCCGGUAAAUACCAGUUUGACUGUGGGUUCAUUUCUCUAUAUGACCAAACGUCUGGCUUAUGUUAAGGGCUAUGAAUAUUAUGAAUUUGAUUAUCGUCCAGGUACAAAACCUGAUCCAAAUCAAUAUCGCUACUACAAAGAUUUAAGUUGGUGGGAUCGAGUUGUGGUAUUCUAUGGCCUACUUUUGGUGACUUAUUUACACAAAUAUAAUAUUGUCCGUUGGCAUCUGAAUUUCCGUGUUUGGUUUAAUGAACAAUUAAUGUAUUAUUUGCCUUAUAUUGCCUUUUUUAAAUAUGGAUUUAAAUGGGCUUAUGUGCGUGUCUUUACCGGUAGCGGUGUAAAAACUUUUAAUUUUCAUUUGAAAGAAGAUUAACUUUAUGUUUUUAAGCUGAUAAUAUUGUUAUAAUUUGAAUAAUAUAUGUAUGUAUAAAAGAAAUAAAAUGUGUUUUAUGAAAUAAUUUUGAUAAAAUAUUUGCAGAAAUGUCUGCUUAAAUGAAUGAAUUAUAUAUUAUUUGCCUUAUAUUGCCUUCUUUAAAUAUGGAAUCAAAUGUAUAUGCCGGCAAUGGAGUAAAUUCACUUGAUGUCCAUUUGAACGAAAAUUAAUUUAAGUAAUAUUUUUGU